AUGUCUUCUCUCGAGGCCAAGAUUGUCGUCCUCGGCGCCCAGGGCGUCGGCAAGACCUCGCUCGUCAUGCGCUACUGCAAAGGCACCUUUAACCCUGCCCAAAUCACGUCCACCGUCGGCGCGAGCUUCCUCACCAAGCGCGUCGUUGACACUGAUACCGACACCGUCGUCCGGCUCCAAAUAUGGGACACAGCCGGCCAAGAACGAUUUAGAUCCAUCUCCCGAUUGUACUAUCGCGGCGCCAACGCCUGCAUCCUCUGCUACGACAUCACCGACGCCCAGUCCUUUGCCGACAUGGGCGUGUGGCUGACGGAGCUCCGCCAGAACCUCCCCCACGACGUCGUGCUGCACGUCGUCGGCACAAAGGCCGACAUCGUCGCCCGCGACCCCUCGGCGCGCCAGGUGCCCUUUGAGCGCUGCAUCGCCUACGUCGCCGAGAACCUGGCCCCUUGCGAGGGCGGCACCCCGCCGCCCACGGCCAUGAUGCCGCCCAAUGGGGUAGGGGGAGGAGGUCACCACAACCACUACACGAGCCUGUCCUCGGCCGGCGGCGAGGCGCGCAGCCCCAGCUCCAAGCGCAGCUCCGGCUUCUGGGGCCAGGAGGUGGGCUGGGACGCGUGCCACGAGAUCAGCGCCGAGAACGGCGAGGGCGUCGAGGAGGUCUUUCGCGUCGUCGCGCGCAAGCUCGUCGAGCAGAACCGCAAGAUGCAGCAGGCCCUGCUGCUCGCCACCGCCACCCCCGGCACCCCCGGCUACGUCGACGGCAUGGACGGCGGCUACUUUGACGGCCGCCACCACAAGGGCAGCUUCCGCGUCGGGCGCGACCGCCGCAGCUGGCUAUUCUCGCCGGCCUUUUCGCCGGCCAUCACGGUGGACCGCCCGGCGAGCGCGGACACGGAUCGCCGCGACGAGGCGCCCAAGCCAAAGUCGAGGUGUUGCUAA